GUGUAUACUUCUUGUCGUCGUGUGGGAACAACCUGCCAUUAGAUAAAAAACGCAGCCAAAAGUUUCUUCUCGUCGCUGUGCUUUGAUAUGAACAGGCUGGUAGAGUAAUAUCAGUGUUCAGACUCUCAACUUUGUGCUGAAACAGAAGAGAACAUGGCCUCUGCUCCAGGCGGAUAGCUGGGCUGAAGAGCUGGGCUGUGUGGAGCAGGGAGGAGGAAACCAGCCUGAACUCCAGCUGCAUGAAUCGCUCACUGAGCGGCUGAGAGAGCCAGGUGUUGAUUUGAAGCUGUGUGUGUGCUGAAAGGUCCAAGUCCUGAAAAAUGACUCAGUCGGUGCAAGUGAACCCAAAGCUGCCUGAUCUGGGCUCUCCCUUUAUCUACUCCAAUCAGGAGGAGGCUGACCAGCCUGGUUCCUACUCCGUCCAGACUCCAUAUGGUUUUCAGCUGGAUCUGGACUUCCUAAAAUAUGUAGAAGAGAUAGAAAGCGGGCACAAUAUCCGUCGUGCACCAGUCAGCUCUCGGCGCCGAGGGGUCAAACUUUCCCAGAGAAGUCCAAGUGUGGGGGGACGUACCAGUGGCUGGACAUCUACAGAGUCUCUGGCAUCUCCGGCCAGUGAGGAUGGCAGGGCUCCUCCACCACCACCACCACGACACCGCCUUGGGUCAGCACCCUGUGAGGGGCUCUCUCUGUCCCCUGUGACCCUUCUAACUGUUCCUCCUCUGUCUGCUGGAGCCAAGGUGCCUCCUCCUCCACCGCAACGCAACCCCAGAGUUGAGCGGACUCUUCUGGAAACCAGCCGACGGCUACAACAGGAACAAACCCAUCAGCAUCAGAAUGGUGGCCGAUUCCAGCUUGCUGAUCCUCCAAAACAGCUCUUACCCUCUGCAUCUACUCUGCAGAGUAACUGGACUAAACCCAGUCCUCAGACCUCUGGGCUCAGCACUCCAGCUGCUGGCACCACAGUAACCCCAGUCCCACCCAGCCAGCUGCAGACAGUUAGAGAGCAGAUGGCUACAGCCUUGAAACAGCUGAAGGAGAUGGAGGAGAGGGUAAAGGGUGUUCCUGCACUUGAGAAAGAGGUUGCCAAGCUUCGUGCAGAGAAAGACAUGCUUCUGUUAGCACUGCAGGAGAAGAAAGUAGCCACAGAGAUGGCCCACCAAAAGCAACAGUCCACAGAGUCUUCAACCCAGACCAUAGAGACUCUUCCAGCUGAGCACAGUGUCCAAAGUCGAUUGACUGCACAAACCUCAAUUGGACAUAAAGGCCUCAUGAAAUCUGGUGAGCUGAAAAAGCUGACUAUGAAAUUUGAAGGGAAGGAAGAGAAAGCUUCAGAGACUUCACCAAAAGUUUUAGUAAAAACUUCAGAGAAAGUGUCUAUCGUUGAGAAGAAAUCAGUGGCUGUUGGGGACGACAUGCCAAUGGACUCUGUUGUUUUCUACUACAGCCAGGGUGUGAAAGAUGCUUCUGAGGGCACCACAGUAAAUGUUUGUGAGAAAGGCACCAGGACAGAGGCCCCUCUGGUUCAUGAGGAGGGAAUACAGACCAGAGUGGAGACAGAAGAAGCAGCAGUAUGGGUGAUGGAGUCACUACUUGGGCUGACAAGCGAGGCACAGCGGGAGAUUGACACCUUACAGGACACCAUUAAAUUCCAGCAGGAGUCAAUUGUGAGUCUCGAGGACCGGUUGAGUGCAGCCGGCAAAGACCUGGUGAUCCUUAAAACCCAGAUGGAAGCGAAAACUUCAAAAGUCACUUUUGAGAAGGGGGUUCUUGCAAAACCAGACAAGAAGGAUGCCCAGGUAGAGACACUGACUCCUACGUUAAAGCAUGCUGCAGUUUUGUGCUGCCCUGAGCUGAGCGAUGCAUGUGUAGGUGAGAGUUUGACAGCUGAUCAGAUUGAACAAGGCACCCAGACAGAUGCUAUAGCUCAAACGGCAGAACCAGUUCCUGUUGCAGUGGUCAGCACUGGGUGCCAAUGGGAGAACUUGUUUGAGGAGAAGAUGGAGGAGCAGAAAGUGCUUAAGAAGAGACAGAUGACCAUCGCUGAUUACAAAGUUUCACCGGAAGAAGAAGUGAUUAGUAUGGCUGAGAACAAAGAGGAAGACGACGAAGAUAAGUCUGCACCCAGCAACACCAAGACAGGUAUGCUGAAAUCAAUCAUGAAGAGGAAGGACGGGAGUAACUCAGGCGAGAAUCGCACUGCUAGCAAGAAGAGCCUGCAGUUUGUUGGAAUUCUGAAUGGAGGGUAUGAAUCUACAUCCAGUGAGGAAGAAGAGGAGGAGGAAGAAGAGGAGGAAGAUGGGAGUUCUUCUGAAAGUGGGGAAGGCGAAUGCUUGGACAGCACAGAGGAGGAUGAGGUAGCUCUGGAGGAAGAGACAUCAGAGGAGGAGAGAAACGUGAACCUGGAUGAGAGCGACACCGAUGAGGAAACCCUGAGAGCCACAAAUUAUUCAUCUGAUGCUGUGAAAGAGAAGUUUGAGCUGAGCUCAAAGAUGCGUGAAGCCUGUCUCAUCAUGAAGAACCACCUGAACGAUGACAUCAAAACACUGAAGAGUAAGGAAGUGCUCUCCAGCAGCCACACUGUUCAGCUUGAGUGGUUCCGCAUUUCCAGCGCCAAGAUGGCACAGCCGUCGCGGGUCUCAGACUACUUGAUGGCAUUUUCUGAGGUGUCGUCGGUGCUGCUGGAGCAUGUAGUCAACAUGACCGAUGGCAAUGGCAACACGGCUCUCCAUUACAGCGUCUCCCACUCCAACUUCGGUGUGGUAGGGUUGCUGCUGGACACAGGUGUGUGCAGUGUGGAUAAGCAGAACAAGGCAGGCUACACUGCCAUCAUGCUGGCUGCUCUCUCUACUGUGAAGAAGGAGGACGACAUGGCUGUUGUCAAGAAGCUCUUCGGUCAGGGCAAUGUCAAUGCCAAGGCCAGCCAGGCGGGCCAGACAGCGCUGAUGCUAGCUGUUAGCCACGGGCGGCAGGAGAUGGUGCGGGCCCUGCUGGAGUGCGGUGCAGACGUUAACGUACAGGAUGAUGAGGGAUCCACGGCUCUGAUGUGUGCUAGUGAACAUGGCCGUGCUGAGAUUGUCAAACUGCUCCUGGAACAGCCUGGCUGCGACAUAUCCAUUGUUGAUAAUGAUGGCAGCAAUGCUCUGUCCAUUGCACUGGAGGCGUCUCACAAUGACACAGCUGUGCUACUCUAUGCUCAUAUGAACUAUGCUAAAACCCAGCCUGCUGUGGGGAGUCCAAAGACCCAGCAGAGGAGCCCCACCAGCCCCCACAAGCCCUGGCCUUCAGACUGACAGGAUCAUGGCUGCUUGACAAACAUAACUGGAUCUGAGCUGUGAAAAGCUCCACUGGAAUUUACUUAAAUAUAUAUGUAUUUAUAUAUUGCAAUAUGUCCUGCAUUUAUAAGUAUUGUUAAUAUGAGAAUAUUAUUUUUCCAUAAAAGUGGUUAUGUUAUAUACUUGACUAAUAUGAGCUCCUCGCAUGUCUGUAUGAGGUCUCCAGUGUGUGUUUUUCUGUGACAUGAGACCUAACCAUUUAUUAUUUGCACUCCACUAAUAUUUCAACACACACUGGUGGUUUAUAAUGCACACCCAAAAACCUGCACCCAUUAUUUUCCAGCAGCAUAAACUCACACACUGAAACAACAUGUGUGUCAAAACGUACUAUAUUAGCUCCCUGGAUUGGCACGCCCUGGCCACUUUACUUUGACUACUUCUGUGUGCAUGCCCGCUGUGUAUUGUUGACAUCAAAUGACACGACACAGCAGAACAGUGUGUGUUGCCCUCUAGUUUUUCCUCUCUGUCCUGCCUUGGUUAACUGACCUGUGAACCUUUUCACCUUCAUAGUCUGCACUAACUGUCUGUGCAUUGUAUGUUCAUAUAAAUAUAUACGUAUAAAUAUAUUCAAGUCUGAAAUAAACAUUUACAUAAAAUAUGAUCAAAACA